AUGCGCAGAGCCCAGGCGCAGAGCAAGCCGAGCACGGCUGGGGAGGAGGCCGGGGGGCUGGCGCGCACGCUGGGGAGGCCCGGAGCGGCCCCUCCAAGCCCCGGCAUCCCCCCGAAGCGCGCCAAGGUCACGGCGGUGCCUGAAGCGGGGGCAGCUCGCCCAGCAGCCCCAGUCUUUGUGCGGAAGCUGAAGAAUGCGGCCAUUGGCCCCGGCUGCGACAUUCGGCUGCGAGUGGCUGUGGUUGGGAGCCCCCAGCCCCGCCUGCGCUGGUACAAGAACGGGGCACAAAUCCCCCCGCGGGGAGAGGAGUACGGCACCCUGUGGAUCCGGGACAGCAAGCUGGAGGACGCCGGCGUCUACACCUGUGUGGCCCAGAACGAGCAGGGCGAGACCAUGACCAGCGCCGUGCUGGCCAUCAUUGACAUGGAAGACUCGGAGACAGGCGAGGACGACGCCAGCGACCCCCAGGGGACGCAGCGCAGUGAGCUCCAGGACGAGACGCCUUUCAGCUCCCCCACAGGGGAGUCGAACACGCUGGUGGACACCUCCAUGACCACGUCGGCGCUGGGCCUGUCGCAGGCGGAGGAGCGCUCCAGCUGGUCGGGCAGCCAGCAGACCGUGGUGGAGAAGGAGACAGAGCCUGGCCUCCCAGUGAGGGGGCCCUACCUGUGCCCCGGUGGCUGGCAGCCGCAGGGGACCCCAAGGCAAGCACACGCGCAGGCCCCCCGCGGCGCCGAGGUCAGGCACCUGGGGGUGGAGCCGCUGCUACGGGCGUCGCGUGCUAUUCUGGUGGGCACAAGCUGGGGGUCGGAGGAUAGCCUCUCGGUGGCCAGCGACCCCUACGGCAGCGCCUUCAGUCUGUACAGAGGACGGGCGCUCUCGAUCCAUGUCAGCAUCCCCCAGGGCGGGUACAGGAGAGACGACCCCUCGGAGCUCUCUCUGAAGCCUGGUGCAGACCCCCCAAGGCCUCCAGCCCAGCCCCUGGCCUCCAAGCCACCUGUUCUCUGCCUGCCGUCUCCCAGGGUGGGCCAGUGCCCGGCCCAGCCGGCCAGCCGAGGUCCUGGCGUCCCCUCCCCCACGCCCCUGACGCCCCGCAAGACGGCCCUGAUGCCGGCGGAGUACCAGGACACGGUCCCCGAGGAGUACGAGGCGAAGGUCCGGAAGCCCAAGUCUCUGGGGUACUCGCAGGCCAGCACGCUGGAGUCCCGGCCCCAGACCCCGCUGAGCGAGACCUCCAGCCGGGUGUCCGUGCUGCGGCCCUCGCCCAAGCUGGCGCGCUCCGGCUCCAAGAUCUUCGAGAAGCUGAAGUACUUCGAGGAGCGCCGGAGGAGCCUGGAGCAGAGCGACAGCCCCCUCCCCGUCCACGCCUGGCUGCCCCUGCGCAAGACGCGUUCCUUCGACCAGCCCGACCUGGGCCAGCGCCCGCUCACGCCGGACGGCUCCCGGGAGGAGCUGCGGGACGGGGUGCGGUCAGAGAUGGGCGGCCCGACAUGCCGGCGCCAGGCCUUCCGCCACAAGGCCGCCUCGUUCGACGAGCGGGGCCACUUCGCCAGCCGGGUCGGCGACAUCGAGCACAGGUUCUCCGAGGAGCUGAGCCGUAUCAAGAAGACCGUCUCCAAGCAGCAGCUGAUGAGGUCGCAGGAGCUGGCAAAGGCCCCCUCACCCCGGGACCCCAGCCAGCUCUCUGCCCCCCGGGCGCUGGAGGCACAAGCCACCGCGGCCCCGAAAGACCAGGGGCUCAAGGCCCCGCCGCCUGUGGAGAACGCACAUGGCAUCCAGCAGCUGGCCCUGGCCAGCGUGGGGCUGGGGGGGCCCGGAGACGGGGCGGAGCGAGCAGCCACGCGGAAGCCACUGCUCCGGAGCUGCGCCCUGACCAGCCAGCCCCGGGAGGAGGCCAGAGCCAGGAGGAGUGGGGAGCCGGAAGGUGCUGAGGGCAAGAGGAAAGUGGAGCAGUGCCCCUUAUCGCAGGUCACUCCGCUGGGGCUGGGGGACCUGCCGGAAGCCGGGCCCCCCGAAGCAGUCGCAUGCCUGGAUGGGGGCCCGACGGUCGGGGCGAGAGCUAGCCGCGAUGGCAGGGCCCCCGGGGCUGGGAGCGAAGCCCUGACCACCAGGCCAGCAGGCCAGCACGGGCCGCAUAGGAGGCGGGCUGCGGGCCAGGAGGUGCGGUUCUUACCCUGGGCCAAGCCCGGGCCGGAGCUCGGAGCUGGCCUGGAGGGGGCCAGGGCAGGGCCGCGUGGCACAGGCAGGGAUGCCGAGCAAAGGCAGCUGAAGGUCACAGAGAAGAAGGAAGGUGCCCGGCUGGCUCAGGAAGGGAGAAGCAUCCGGAGCAAGGGGAAAGGCCGCCGGCCCCGGCCCACCUCGCCAGAGCUAGAGUCAUCCGACGAUUCGUACGUCUCCGCCGGCGAGGAUCCCCUGGAGGCCCCGGUCUUCGAGAUCCCCAUCCAGGACGCUGUGGUGACGGUGGGCACAGAGGUGCUGCUGAAGUGCAUUGUCACUGCCAACCCCAUGCCCGAAGUGUCCUGGAGGAAGGACGGCGUCCUGCUGAGGGGCAGCGCCUGGCGCCCCAUCAAAGUGGAGGGUGAGCGCCACACCCUGCUGCUGCAGAGCGCCCGGGGGGCUGACGCCGGCCUGUACACGGUCACGGCGGCCAACGAGGUGGGGGAGUCGUGCUGCAGCGCCAGGCUGACUGUGCAGCCGGCGCCCCCUGCGGAGAGCCAGGGGUCCCUGCUGCCCCCCCUGGCCCUGGCCAGCCCCAUCACGUCGGACGAGGAGUACCUGAGCCCCCUGGAGGAAUUCCCAGCGUCCGGGACCCCCCAGCACCGGCUGGCCGGGAAGCUGCAGCACAAAGUCGACCUUGGCGCCGCCCGCAGCCCUGUGGAGACCAACUUCAAGGCUGCCCCCACCUUUGAGCUGGCUCUGUGUGACCAGUCGGUGCUGGAGGGGCAGGACGUCAGCAUGAGCAUCCGGGUCCGGGGCGAACCCAAACCCAUCAUCUACUGGCUGAGGAACCGGCAGCCGGUGAAGGUGGGCCGGCGGCUCUCCGUGGCGGAAGGGGAGGGCGGCGCCUGCACCCUGCACAUCCUGGCGGCAGAGCGCGCAGAUGCCGGCUUCUACGCCUGCAAAGCCAUCAACGAGUACGGCACCAAGCAGUGCGAGGCCAAGCUGCAGGUCCGAGCACACCCCGCGAGCCAGGCGCUGGCCGUGGUGGCACCGCUGCAGGACGUGACGGUCGGGGCCGGGGAGCUGGCGCUCUUCGAGUGCCUGGUGACGGGCCCGCCGGACCUGGAUGUGGACUGGCUCUCACGGGGGCGGCUGCUGCAACCCGCCCUGCUCAAGUGCAAGAUGCACUUUGACGGGCACAAGUGCAAGCUGCUGCUCACCUCCGUGCACGAGGACGACAGCGGCGUCUACACCUGCAAGCUGAACACGGCCAAGGAGGAGCUGACCUGCAGUGCCCGGCUGACCGUGCGCCCGUCGAUCCAGCCGCUCUUCACCCGCAAGCUGGAGGACCUGGCCGUGGUGAAGGGACGGACGGCGCGCUUCGACUGCAAGAUCAGCGGCACCCCCACGCCCACCGUCACCUGGACCCACUUUGGCCAGCCCGUGGAGGAAGGCGAGAACGUGUGGCUGCAGCGGGAGCGGGGGCUGCACUCGCUGGUCAUCGCGCACGCGGACAGCGAGGACGAGGGGCAGUACGGGGUCUGUGCCGCCAACGAGCAAGGCCAGGUGGAGUGCUCCGCCGAGCUGUACGUGGAGGAGCCGCGCCCGGCCACCACCUCCCACAGCUCCAAGCUGGAGAAGAUGCCGUCCAUCCCGGAGGAGCCGGAGCUGCCGGAGAACGAGGUGGAGCGCUUCACCAUGCCUGACUUCCUCCACCCCCUGCACGACCUGGAUGUGGUGGAGUCCAAGGAGGCCGUGCUGGAGUGCCAGGUGGCCGGCCUGCCCUACCCCACCAUCACCUGGUUCCACAACGGCACCAAGAUCCGCAGCUCCGAGGACCGCAAGAUGACCCAGUACAAGGACACCCACCGCCUGCUGUUCCCGGCUGUCAGCCACGCCCAUGCCGGCGUCUAUAAAAGCGUCAUUGCCAACCGAGUGGGGAAGGCCACGUGCUACGCUCACCUCUACGUGACAGACGUGGUGCCGACUCCCCCCGAUGGGCCGCCCACUGUGCUGGCCGUGACCGGCAGAGCCGUCACGCUGACCUGGAACAAGCCCAAGUGGCUCGACUCAGCCAUAGACCCCGCCUUGGUGACCUACACCAUCCAGCAGCAGGUGCUGGGCACCAGCCAAUGGACCAUCGUGGCCACCGGCCUGCGAGAGACGCGCGGCACGUUGCACAGCCUGGCCAAGGGGCCGCGACACCUCUUCCGAGUGCUCACGGCCACCCCCAGGAGCAGCAGCAAGCCCUCGCCUCCCAGCGAGCCAGUGCAGCUCCUGGAUCGGGGUCCAUACCUGGAGGAGGCCCCUGUCAUCCUGGACAAGCCAGACAUGGUGUACGCAGUGGAGGACCAGCCAGCCUCCGUCACCGUGACCCUGAACCACGUGGAGGCCACGGUCACCUGGAAGAGGGGCGGGUUGGCGCUCGAGGAGCGGGCUGGCGCGUGUGAGCUGAGCAUGGCUGACGACGACCAGCACUGCCUGCGGCUCUGCCAGGUGCACCGCGGGGACGCUGGGGAGCUCACCUGCGAGGUGAGCAACAGGCACGGCGCGGACAGCUGCUCCAUCAGCCUGCAGCUGGCAGAGGCGCCGCGCUUCGAGUCCAUCAUGGAGGACCUGGAGGUCGGGGAGGGUGAGACGCCGCACUUCGCCGUGGUGGUGGAGGGCAAGCCGCUGCCCGAUAUCAUGUGGUACAAGGACGAGGCGCUGCUGGCCGAGAGCAGCCGCCUGACCUUUGUCUACGACGACAGUGAGUGCUCCCUGGUGCUGCUGGGCGCCACAGCCCGCGACAGCGGCGUCUACACCUGCACCGCCCGGAACCUGGCCGGGGAGGUUUCCUGCAAGGCCGAGCUGCUGGUGCGCGCAGCCCAGCCGGAGGCAGCAGCCGUGGUGGCGGAGGAGGGGCACGCGGCCCGGCGGCUGACGGACGACUACGAGGUGCACGAGGAGAUCGGGAGGGGGGCCUUCUCCUACGUGCGGAGGGUGAGGGAGAAGAGCAGCGGGCUGGACUAUGCUGCCAAGUUCAUCCCCUGCCGGGCCAAGGCCAAGCAGUCGGCGCGCCGGGAGCUGCAGAUCCUGUCCCAGCUGGACCACGAGCGCCUCGUCUACUUCCACGACUCCUUCGAGAAGAAAAACGCCGUGAUCAUCGUCAUGGAGCUCUGCACGGGGGAGGAGCUGCUGGACAGGAUGGCGAGGAAGCCCUCGGUGUGCGAGUGGGAGGUUCGCUCCUACAUGCGGCAGCUGCUGGAGGGGCUCAGCUACCUGUAUCGCUGUAGCAUCCUGCACCUGGACGUCAAGCCGGAGAACCUGCUGAUGGGCAGCAGCGACCAGGUGCGGCUCUGCGACUUCGGCAAUGCGCAGCGGCUGGCGCCGGAGGGGGCCCAGUACUGCAAGUACGGCACCCCCGAGUUCGUGGGCCCGGAGAUCGUCAGCCAGAGCCCCGUGUCCAUCGUCACCGACGUCUGGCCCGUGGGAGUCAUCGCCUACCUAUGCCUGACGGGGAUCUCCCCAUUUGUGGGCGAGAACGACAAGACCACGCUGCUGAACAUCCGCAACUACAACGUGGCCUUCGAGGAGAGCAUGUUCCUGGGGCUGACGCGGGAGGCCAAGGGCUUCCUCAUCAAAGUGCUGGUGAACGACCGGCUGAGACCCAACGCGGAGCAGACGCUGGAGCACCCCUGGUUUAAGACCUUGGCCAAGGGGAAAUCCAUCAACACCGACCACCUGAAGCUCUUCAUCUGCCGCAGGAAGUGGCAGCGCUCUCAGAUCAGCUACAAAGGCAGUCUGGUGCUGAGAGCCAUCCCGGAGCUGCUGGAGGACACGUCCAGCCACCUCUCCAUUGCCCUGCCCCGGCACCUCAAGGACUCGCCCGCCCUCUCCUCCUCCUCGGACUCGGAGGAGCUGGACGAGCUGCCCCUCCUCCCCAUGCCCCACCAGGUGGAGUUCUCCGGCUCCCGCGUCUCCCUCAACGAGAUCCCCACGGACGACGAAGCCCUGGGCCAGGCCGAGGGGGCGCUGGAGGAGGCGGCCCCCAUGGAGUGGCAGGUGGAGGUGGCAGGCCCGGGGAAGAGGCAGACGGGCGCUGGCCCGCGGAAGAGGCCCACGGUGGCGGAGGGGCCCGGCUCCUCGGACGAGGACUCCGCCGAGGCUCAGCCGCGGCCCGAGUGCCCCCGGAAGGCCCUGAAGAAGGGCUCCAGCCUGGAGUCCCCGGAGGGGGGGCGCCCGGCCGGCCGGAGGGGCGAGCUGCGGCGGGGCAGCUCUGCGGACAGCGCCCUCCUGCUGGGCCUGCCGGCGGAGGCCGGGGCGGGCGAGGAGCCCCCCAAGGCGCUGAAGAAGGCGGCGUCCAUGGAGCUGCCGCGCCGGAGCCCCAGCCCGGGGGGUGCGCCCCGCAGGCAGGCCGAGGAGGAGCGCACCCAGCGCCUGGAGCUCGUGCGCCAGCGCCUGCUGCGGGACGGUCCCGUGGAGCCCAGGGUCAGCGGCCUGCGGGGGCCGCUCCUGGAGACCCUGGAGAAGAAGGUGCGGCCCCCCCGGCCCACAAAGCAGCCGCCCCCGGGGGCCAGGCUGGUGCGGGCAGCCUCCAGCGAGGCAGCCCCGCAGCACCCGCCCCCAAAGCCACGCCUGCUGCAGAAGAGCAGCUCCUUCAGCCAGGGGGACCUGGAGCCGGUGACGGUGCACCGCCGCUCGGGCGCCCCGCUGGAGAUCCCCGUGACUCACCUGGAAGCCCAGCGGCUCAAGGAGUCCCCCUCGCUCUCCGCCCUGACGGAGUCCCGGCCCCAGACCCCGCGGGAAAGCUCCUCCAAGCCACCCGGCCCUGAGCUGCCCGAGGCCUCCCCCGAGCAGGGGCCUGGUCCGGGGGACACUGCCAGGCCCAGAGCCAGCUUGGCAGUUGUGGGCAAGAAGCCUCCAGCCGAGAGGCCUCAAGAAAAGCGUCUGCCGCGGCCCGCAGCUGCCAGACCUACCCAGGUCCCCCUGCAGGCAGCUCCCAAGCCCAGAGCAGCCCUGCCAGAGCCCCCUGCCCUGGACUCCAGAGCCCCCAAGCCCUCCUCCUAUGCACAGGUGAUACAGUCCAUCCAGCUCCCCGCCGCGCCCGGGGAGCCUGCCCGGGCUGAGCCCCCCGCUGCCCGCCCACAGCCGCACCCCGCACCCUCCCCAGCCCACGCUGCGGGCGGUGCCAAGGCGGAGGUGCCCGCGGAGGAGGCGGCACCGCUGCGUUCCAGCAGCGCCCUGGCCAUCAAGGACAUCGACUCGGAGGAAGUCUUCGAGGCCAAGUUCAAGCGGGGCCGGGAGUCUUCGCUCAGCCGCGGCCUGAAGCUGCUCACCAGGCCCCACUCGGAGGACCGGCACCUGGCCAGCCCGCUGGUGCGGGAGGAGGGGAUGUACCGGCCCAGCCCGGCCGGGGCGCCGCUGGAGCUCGCCAAGGGCCCGGCCCAGCGGGCCCAGUCAGUGCAGGACCUGCGUGAGCCGGAGGAGGCCAGCUUCAUCCUCAGGAUGUCCCAGCGCCUCUGGCGCACGCCCCCCAUGGAGAGGAAGCAGCCCAAGGAGGAGGAGUCGGGCCGCGAGCCCCCGAGCCGGGGCCGCCGUCUCUCCUGGAGCCUGGGUCUGGGCAGCUCCAAGGACAAGCGGGACUCGGCGAGCCUGAAAUCGGAGCCAGGCAGGAGUGAGGGUGGGUCGGAGUCGCCCGUCGUGGCCAUGAGGCGGAAGAUCAGCUCCACCAUGGAGCGCCUCUCCCAGCGGCUGCGCAGUCCCUCGGAUGACAGGGGGGAGGCAGAGGGGCCCGGGAAGCGGAGCCCGCUGCUCGCCCUGCUGCGGAGAUCGAACUCAGAGGGGGAGAACCUGCGCAAGAUGGGGAUUCCGCAGAACCAGCUGGCGGCACAGUCAGCCCUGGCGCCCUCCGCCGAGUCCUUCCAGUCAGAGAGCAGCACCCGCUCGGAGGCGGGUGCCCGAGCUCCCAGCGAGGGCCAGAGACGCUCCCGGUGGGACCGCUGGGGCCUGUCCCGCGCCAAGAGGGACAAGGUGGCCUCGCAGCCCAACAUCCCGGCCAGCCUGCUGCAGGAGGACGGCACCAUCGUGGGCAGGCAGUACGUGCGCAACGCAUCGGACUUUCCCCCCGUUUUCCACAUCAAGCUGAAGGACCAGGUGCUGCUGGAGGGCGACCCGGCAACCCUGUUCUGCCUGCCAGCUGCCAGCCCGUCCCCCAAAAUCCUCUGGAUGAAGGACAAGCGGUCGCUGGUGUCCGACGCCGCGGUGAACAUCGUCUCGUGUAAGGACGGCCGCCAGCUGCUCUCCAUCCCCAGGACGUGCAAGAAGGAUGCAGGCCUGUAUGAGUGCACCGCUGCCAACGCCCUGGGCACCGCCACCAGCUCGUGCACUCUGGCCGUGGCACGCCUGCCGGGGAAGCCGGGCACCCCGGAGAUACCUCAGAAGUACAAGAACACGGUGCUGGUGCUGUGGAAGCCUGCAGACAGCCGGGCCCCUUGCACCUACAUCCUGGAGUGCAAAAUGAACGGGGAACGUGAGUGGAAGACCAUCAGCUCGGGCAUCGCCGACUGCUACUUCAACGUGACGGAGCUGCCCGCCAGGAGCACGGCCAGGUUCCGUGUGGCCUGCAUCAAUAAGGCCGGCCAGGGGCCCUACAGCAACCCCUCGGAGACGGUGGCCAUCGAGACAGAUGAUCCCAGCGCUGCCCACUCGGCUCCUGCUGCCCAGAAGGACGUGGCUGCCCCCGAGACAGCAGCUUCCAGCCGCUCCACCCAGACCCCUCCUGCCCAGCCUGUGCCCCAAACCGCGGGGGCCCCUCCCCCCACCCCGCCCCGCAAGCACAAAGGGGUCGUGCACAUGCCUGGCCGGGCACCACAGGCGCCUGUUCCCGGGGGUGCCUCUGCCACCAUCCAGCCGCCUCCCUGCGCCGAGGCAGAGCCUGCCCCCCAAGAGCAGCUCUGCCCCCCUGCCACCCCUCCAGCAAUUGCUGGGUCUGGCUCCCCAGAGCUGGUGUUAACGCCGUCCAGGGCUGCGCCUCCUCGCCCCCCCGCUGCCCACACAACCAGCCAGGCGGUGCAGGGCUCGCCCGCCCCUCCAGCCCAGCCCCCUGCCCGACUCUCCCCCAUUUCUCCAGCAUCGGCCACGCCCGUGUCCCCCUCCCCCAAAGCGGCGCCCAUGUACAUGGUCACCUCCUUUGUCUCCAUGCCGGCUGCGACGCCCCCCACGGACGCCCCGUCCCCUCUCCCCAAAGAGGUGGUGCCAUCGGCCACGCGGUUCCUGGGCCGGAGUGCCACCCCGAGCAGGCUUAGCCCCACAGGGCCGGGGGCUCCAGAGGCAAAGGAGGGCACAGCGCUGCGCCAGGGGGUCCCCCAGAAGCCUUACACCUUCCUGGAGGAGAAAGCGAGGGGCCGGUUCGGGGUGCUCCGGGAGUGCAAGGAGAACGCCACGGGGAAGCACUUCAUGGCCAAGAUCAUUCCCUACGAGGCGGAGAAGAAGCAGAGCGUCCUGCAGGAAUACGAGAUCCUCAAGGGCCUGCACCACGAACGCGUCAUGGGCCUGCACGAGGCCUACAUCACCCCCCGCUACCUGGUGCUGAUCGCCGAGCACUGCGCCGGCAAGGAGAUCCUCUACAGCCUCGUCGACAGGUUCCGCUACUCGGAGGACGAGGUGGCCGGCUACGUGCUGCAGCUGCUGCAGGGGUUGGAGUACCUGCACGGGCGCCGCAUCGUGCACCUGGACAUCAAACCCGACAACGUGGUCGUCGCCCACGGCAACGCGGUGAAGAUCAUCGACUUCGGCAGCGCCCAGACCUACAACCCGCUGGUGCUGCGCAGGCUGGGGCGCCGCGUGGGCACACUGGAGUACAUGUCUCCGGAGAUGGUGAAGGGAGACCCGGUGGGCUCUGCGGCCGAUAUCUGGGGGGUCGGCGUGCUCACCUACAUCAUGCUCAGCGGCCGGUCGCCGUUCUUCGAGCUGGAUCCCAUCGAGACUGAGAACAGGAUCCUGGCCGGGCGCUUCGACGCCUUCAAGCUGUACCCCAACGCCUCGCAGAGCGCCGCCCUCUUCAUCCGCAAGCUGCUCUGCAUCUACCCCUGGAGCCGGCCCACCAUCAAGGACUGUUUUGCCAACCCCUGGCUGCAGGACGCCUACCUGAUGAAGCUGCGGCGCCAGACCCUGACCUUCACCACCAACCGGCUCAAGGAGUUCCUGGUGGAGCACCAGCGCCGGCGCAGCGAGGCCGUCACCAAGCACAAGGUCUUACUCCGCUCCUACCACGGCUCCGGCAGCCAGCCGCCCCCCGCGCCGGUCACGCAGUAG